GUCUGACGUACUGUAAAAUGUCUGUGCAAAAUUUGAUGUAAAAAUGAAAAUUUAGUAUUUACACACCGCGCCACCAGGACUUGCCCCUAUAAGACCACACACAUUGGGAGGAGCCGAUUGGCAUGGCCCAUCGCCAGCAGCUUCCCGUCAUUUCAGAGUCAACGGCUUGUCGCUUGUUCAACACUGUUCUGGGCGACAGGAGGACGUCAACGACGGCGACGGCACCCGAGAUGGCUGCCACCGAACCUGGUUCCAGCAGCCAGGUCGCUUAUGAUUCUGCGGCAAAUGGUGUCAUAGACAGUGAUCCGUCUCCCCUGCCGACGAGCGUUCCAACGUUUGGAGCGCACUCGCAAUUGCAGGAGAGCGUUCACUCAGCCAACGAGAACGGAAAUUCAUGCCGCAUCUGCCGCUGGAACCGAAGUGAUAUGGAGAUCAUCAACUGUCCGUGCAAGUGCAAGGGCAGUGUGGGCUACAUACACCUGAAGUGCCUGCGGCGAUGGAUCGUCCACCGCCAUGACAAUCGCUGCGAGAUCUGCAAUGCUGUCUUCGAUCUAUCCGAGGAGCGGAUGAGCGUUAAGAAGAUGAUGCGCACCUUCUGGUGUGGCCGCUGUUGUGGUCUCAUUGUGAAGCACGUGAUGUUCAGUUUCUCGCUGAUGCCGCUGGGACACAUCAUCUUGCAGCAGGUGCUGCAGUGCAUGGAGACCUUGAACCAGGGCAGCGCCGAACAGCUCACCGUCCAGGAGGUAUUCAUCGCCUCCUGUGCCCUGCUGACCUCCAGCGCUCUCUUCUUCCAUUUCUUCGAGUUCGUGACGACGCGCUGCCUGCUCAUUCGCAACAUACUGCGCCACUGGUGGAUGUUCGGUAGCACCAGCGACUAUUCCAUUUUCGAAAUCGAGGACGAUGUCGUAGAGCUGUUUUAAGGAUAACAAUGGAACAAGGAAACUCAAAAUUUAAUAGCUUUUAUUGCACACACUCAAUCCAAUAGUUUGGGUAUUAAAUAUUUGGUAAAAUUCAGUA